AUGGCCAUCUGCUUUACAAAGCUCAAAAAAGUAAUCGGCCAUCAAUUCGAGGCUGUCGAAAAUGUGGACGAAGUGUCUGUUGUUGAAUCUGAAGACCAUGCGAUGGGACGGACCAUUGAGAUCGACGAGCAAAUCAGUCCUCAAUCCAGGAGCUUUACACCCAUACAGAUGGACGGAAAGUUCAAGGGGGUUUAUCUAGCGGCUCAGCCGCCGGUGUGGUUAUUAUCGACUGACCAUGGACCGUGUCGGAUCUAUGACUCUCCGGAUGAGAAGACUAUCCAUGGUAUCGCCCAGCUCCCUGACGGCUUUCUGAUGUCUUUGAGCGAGGUCUCCAUCCAAGAUGAGGAGCCGUCUCAGGCCUGCGACCCCGCAUCGCUCUGGGAGACCUACAUAUCAGAAUACGUCUGCUUGGACCGCGAAAUCCCGUCCACACUCGUCAAAAACGGCCGGCCAUUCAAUAAGGUCUUCUACGACUCCGCAUCUGAGACGGUCAUUGGGGCCUCCUAUCUCAAAACCGCUUUCGCUAACUUUGACGAGGAGGGCAAUCUUAUGUGGCAGCCUGAUGGUUGGUUGUUGCUUGUUUUUGUGGGGAUCUUGCAGUCAAGUAACGUGACCUGA